AUGAUUCAAGCGGAAUUUGUACCGUUUUCUACGUUUAUCGAUACGACAUUUUGGGCAGAGUUAAAUAGAAGAAAGUUGCAUGAGUGGCGAUUGGACGAGACACCUAGAAACAUAGCUGGAUUUUUUUCUUUAUGUGAGUGUCAAAGUGAAAUCGUAUUUUAUUGGCUGCGCUAUGAAUGUGCGGUUUUUGAUUACUCUUACGACUACAACUUGUUUGGUAACAUAUUAGAAUUGAUGCUGCUUAUAUUCACUGCUUAUUCUGCGACUUCUUUGGCUUCAAGAAUCACAUUAUGGCUCGGAAUUGAAACAGUGGGAGACUAUUGCUGGUUGUCACUUGGACACGAAAGCUUCGAACAAAGCUAUACUAAUGCUUAUCAUGGGCGAUUAUUACUCUACAAUACACUGGAGAGCUUCAAAGGAUUGGAUCGUAGAAGUUUGUUGAAAUCGGAGGCGCAGAAGAUAUGGCAUGUCAUUGAAUCAGGAGAAUGGCUUGAGCAUCCAGAAUAUCUGACGACGUUUGUUUUCACUGUGUAUGCCGAUCUGAAAAAGUAUCAAUACUAUUAUUGGAAUUGUUUCCCAACAUUGUGCUACCCGUCUGACAUGAAACAAGAGGUAAGUGAAAGACCUGUACUUUUACAUGCUUAUAACUUCAAAGAAUAUCAUGAACGUUUGCCUCGGGGCUAUGAAGGGCGUCACAUUUUGCCGAUAAAUCAGCCUAUAAUUAUUGGUAAUCGCCUUCCUGUCGCUCCUAUAGCGGUUGAUGAAAGGCUUUCGCAGUAUUUUGAUGAUAAGAAAGCUCAUGCGUUUUUACUUAAUUCUUCUGGGGAUUGCUUUCCACUGAGUGAACUGACUAAAAUAUCGACUUCUGACGAGAUGAAGAUCUAUGUGCGCUUUUCUAGGUUGAUGGAACAGUCUGUGGGAUUGAAUCUUUCGCUUAUCAAAUGGAGGCUCGUACCAGAUAUGCGAUUAGAGCGCUGUACAUCGUUAAAGUUCCAAGAAACUUUGAGAAGCAUAUGUGGUCCGAGGAAAGUUCUCAAUUGCGGAAUUGCUAUCGGCGCUAAUCAAUUACGAUUAUGUGCAGUUUGA